GCGUUGGGUUUCUUGGAACCCAUGCCUGGGUUCAUUCGAAGAACCCAGUAAAUGGGUUCGAACGAACCCAGGCUCAAGGAACCCAGCUGGGUUCGCCUGGGUUCGUCGAACCUAGUGCUGGGUUCGUUGAACCCAGGCAAUCUGCGUUCGGUCGACCUAGGUUUGGCCGACCUGGGUUCGUCGAACCCAGCCCUGGGUUCGAAAGAAUCUAGGACGCCGCUUGGGUUCGAACGAACCCAGGAGGACGAACCCAGGCGUCCUCCUGAGUUUGUUCGAACCCAGAAAGACGCCUGGCUUCCUGGGUUCGAACGAACCCGAGAGCAAAAUAUGAGGCGUGAAGUUCACGGCGAUGACAGAGCUCGAAACCCUGACCUCCACCUCACUCAAGCCUUAAGAAGAGAUUUCCAGAAAUAUGCCGCAGGGGAAGGAAAGAUUUUGGACUGCUACGGUGCCGGUGUGCCGCUGUUCACUGCCAUUGCUCACAUCUCACGCACUGGCGGGAUGGAAAUCUAUUUGGUGACCUCAAUCAUGUGGAGCCAGCCUUAAAUAGUAGGAUUUGGUUGCUGCUGCUCAUUGCUCAAGCAAAGAAGGAUAAAAUUUGUUGCCAAAAAAAGGAGUAGAUAAGGAUCAGGAAACGAGCUUGAAUGUAGAAAAAUGGUAGAAAAGAAAGAAGAUGAUAAGGCGAAGAAGGUGAAAGUGUGAAACAGUGGAGGGGUACUCUUUUUAGUGGGUAGUAUGUUGACACGUGAUUGGUGUUGGUUUUUGGGCAGUACUAGCUGUUUUUUGGGCAAUGUUAGCUGCUGGGGGCACUCGCCUCCUGCACUCUCCAGCCAACACAUGCUUCUUUGUUGGGCCACCCAAGCUUAAUUAGCCAUGAAUUGAUGACCUCUCUAGAAACCAACAUGACGUGGCCCAAUGAAAAUGGAAGUAUUGG